GAGAAAAAAUGGACAAAGAAGAAAGAAAAUUUAGGAGAUGGCCUUGUGUUAAAAAGUAAAUCUUCUGUUGAAAAGCCACUAAUCAAGGUGGUGGCGUGGAAAGAAGGAAGAGCACAUGGACUUGUUAUGGUUCCGUUCUGGGAUAGAACUAAUACUGUAGGAGAGAGGUAGCCUCAAACAGAAGACGAUUCAAAAAAGAAGAAAGAAUUGUCCGCUUUCUUGUUUUCCAAAUUAUGGAACUUUUGUGGAAGACGUUGACCUGGAUAUUGGGCCUUGUCAUGGUUUCAUCGGAAUCUAACAGGGACCACAGACUCACCUAUGGUUCUCAAGGGGAGUUCCUGUCUUACCUUGAACACUACCAGCUGACGGUUCCUAUAAGGGUUGACCACAAUGGGGAUUUUGUCAGUUUUACUGUGAAGAACGACAAACACUCACGGAGGAAGAGGAGUAUGGACGCUAAAGAUCAAGAGCAGGAAGUUUCUAAAUUAUUUUUUAAAAUUUCUGCCUAUGGCAAGCACUUUCACUUAAACCUGACUCUAAAUACGGAUCUGGUUUCCAAACACUUUACAGUAGAAUAUUGGGGGAAGAAUGGGCCUGAGUUUAAGCACGAUUUCAUAGAGAACUGUCACUACACGGGAUAUUUACAGGACCAAAAUACCACAACAAAAGUAGCUCUGAGCAACUGCAAUGGCUUGCAUGGCGUAAUCGCUACUGAAGAUGAAGAAUAUUUUAUUGAACCUUUAGACAACAUAACAGAAAACUCCAAUCACUUUAGCUUGGAAAGGGGCCACCCUCAUGUCAUUUACAGAAAGUCUGCCAUCCAUCACCGACAUUCAAGUAGCAAAGGACACUGCGGUGUGAAAGAUGUCACUGGAAACCAUAAGCCCUGGUGGUUAAAUCAUACAAUUACUAGCCCUAUGGUGCCAUCGAAUAAUGACACGGAAAAUGGUCCUCGCCGGCAGAGGAGAUCGAUUAGUAUCGAACGGUUCGUGGAGACACUUGUGGUGGCUGACAAAAUGAUGGUGGGAUAUCAUGGACGAAAGGAUAUUGAACACUACAUAUUGAGCGUAAUGAAUAUUGUUGCCAAACUUUAUCGUGACUCCAGCCUAGGAAACGUUGUGAAUAUCAUAGUGACCAGAUUGAUAGUCCUCACAGAAGAUCAGCCAAACUUGGAGAUAAACCACCAUGCGGACAAGUCCCUCGACAGCUUCUGUAAAUGGCAGAAAUCUAUUCUCUCACACCAGAGCGAUGGCAACACUAUUCCAGAAAAUGGUAUCGCUCACCAUGACAACGCCGUGCUUAUCACCAGGUAUGACAUCUGUACGUACAAAAACAAGCCUUGUGGCACUCUGGGCUUGGCCUCGGUGGCUGGAAUGUGUGAGCCGGAGCGGAGUUGCAGCAUUAAUGAAGACAUUGGCUUGGGUUCUGCAUUUACCAUUGCACAUGAGAUUGGUCACAAUUUUGGCAUGAACCAUGAUGGAAUUGGAAACUCCUGUGGGACCAAAGGUCAUGAAGCUGCCAAGUUAAUGGCAGCUCACAUUACGUCUAACACAAACCCUUUCUCGUGGUCGGCCUGCAGCAGGGAAUAUAUCACCAGCUUUCUAGAUUCAGGCCGUGGAACAUGCCUCGAUAAUGAACCUCCAAAGCGUGACUUUGUCUACCCGGCAGUGGCUCCAGGUCAGGUGUAUGAUGCCGAUGAGCAGUGCCGUUUUCAGUAUGGAGCAACAUCACGCCAAUGUAAAUAUGGGGAAGUGUGUAGAGAGCUCUGGUGUCUGAGCAAAAGUAACAGAUGUGUUACUAACAGCAUUCCUGCUGCUGAAGGGACCCUCUGCCAGACUGGAACCAUAGAGAAAGGGUGGUGUUAUCAGGGAGAAUGUGUAAAUUUUGGGACCUGGCCAAAAAGCAUGGAUGGAGAUUGGGGACCGUGGUCAGUUUGGGGAGAGUGCACCAGGACCUGUGGCGGAGGAGUCUCCUCAUCUAUAAGACACUGUGACAGUCCAGCACCAUCAGGAGGAGGAAAGUACUGCCUGGGAGAGAGGAAACGCUACCGCUCCUGUAACACUGAUCCAUGUCCGACAGGGUCUCGAGACUUCAGAGAAAAGCAGUGUGGAGACUUUGAUAGCAUGCCGUUUCGUGGAAAAUACUACAACUGGAAACCCUACACUGGAGGUGGUGUUAAAUCGUGUGCAUUAAACUGUUUGGCUGAAGGCUAUAACUUUUACACUGAGCGGGCCCCUGCUGUUAUAGAUGGAACACGCUGCAAUUCCGAUUCCCUGGAUAUCUGCAUCAACGGAGAAUGCAAGCAUGUAGGAUGUGAUAACAUUUUGAGCUCAGAUGCUAAAGAAGACAGGUGCCGAGUAUGUGGAGGUGACGGAAGCACUUGUGAAUCUAUAGAGGGAUUCUUCAAUGAUUCACUACCCAGAGGAGGCUACAUGGAAGUCGUUCAAAUUCCAAGAGGUUCAGUUCACAUAGAAAUUAAAGAAAUUGCCAUGUCUAAGAACUACAUUGCUCUUAAAUCGGAAUCAGAUGACUAUUUCAUAAAUGGCGCCUGGACAAUAGACUGGCCAAGGAAAUUUGAUGUCGCAGGAACAGCAUUUCAUUAUAAACGCCCAACUGAUGAACCUGAAUCCCUGGAAGCCUUAGGACCAACAUCAGAAAGCCUUAUAGUCAUGAUCCUUCUACAGGAACAGAACAUGGGAAUUCGAUAUAAGUUUAAUGUCCCCAUCACCCGGACUGGUAGUGGCGAUAAUGAAGUGGGGUUUUCUUGGCAUCAUCUCCCAUGGUCAGAAUGUUCAGCUACAUGUGCCGGAGGUAUACAGAGGCAAGAGGUGGUCUGUAAAAGACUGGAUGACAACUCAGUUGUGCAAAAUAAUUACUGUGAUUUGGAUAGCAAGCCGCCGGAAAACCAGAGGGCCUGUAAUACAGAGCUUUGUCCACCUGAGUGGUUCAUAGGUGACUGGUCCGAGUGCAGUAAGACUUGUGAUGGGGGAAUGCGCACACGCACAGUGCUUUGUAUUCGGAGGAUAGGACCUUCAGAAGAAGAGACACUGGAUGACAUCAGCUGCUUGACGCACCGACCAAUUGAAAAAGAAGCUUGCAAUAAUCAGUCUUGUCCCCCUCAGUGGAUAGCUUUGGAUUGGUCUGAGUGCACUCCUAAAUGUGGUCCUGGCUUCAAGCAUCGAAUUGUCCAAUGUAAAAGCAGUGAUCUCUCUAAGACAUUUCCCUCUACGAACUGCCCUGAAGAGAGCAAGCCACCAGUGCGCUUACGUUGUAGUCUGGGGCGCUGCCCUCCUCCCAAAUGGGUUACUGGAGAGUGGGGACAGUGCUCAGCGCACUGCGGUCUGGGACAGCAGAUGAGAACAGUGCAGUGUUUAUCAUACACGGGGCAGGCAUCAAACGAUUGUCCAGAAACUCUUCGUCCAUCUUCAAUGCAACAGUGUGAAAGCAAAUGUGACAGCAGUCCCAUUUCCAACACAGAGGAGUGCAAAGAUGUGAACAAAGUGGCUUACUGCCCAUUGGUGCUGAAGUUCAAAUUCUGUAGCCGAGCGUAUUUCAGACAGAUGUGUUGUAAAACGUGCCAAGGACACUGACCCACCCCACAGCAUGGCAAACAGAGCAGUGUUUUAUCUGUGGAUGGCUCACUACCCAGACAGACAGAGAAAGGAGGGACAUGUUCUUGAAGCGUCCUUGAAUCCUGUGUAAAACAUAACCACUUCGUCAGCCCAAAACUGACAGGAUCCCCAUGUUAUUUAACUUCUGUGAAGUGAAUUUAUUAUCCAAAGUACUGGACACACCAGCAAGGAGGACAGGUGGAUUGUGGAACGCUAGCAGCACACUACUAAAGCGCAGCAGACUUUAGAAGGGCUGUGCUGUCACGACUACAGCAAUCACCAAGCUUACCUCCUUGUACGAUUUCUAUUAUGGACUUGC